UUCCAUUUAAGUAACAUUUUUAAUGAGGAAAAAGUCAAAUAAAUAACAUUUUCUUUAGUAAGAUUCUCUCCGCCUUCCUUUUUCUAUAAGAACCGACCCAAAGACAAAGAUUUUUUUCAUCAAAUCAAAAAUCGAAACACACAGAAGAAAACGAGAAAGCAAAUUCUGAAAAAAAAAUGGCCGGAGAAGGAGAAGUCAUCGCUUGCCAGACCGUCGAGGACUGGAACGAGAAGCUCAAGGCCGCCCAAGAAUCCAAGAAACUGAUUGUGAUUGACUUCACUGCGGUAUGGUGCCCACCUUGCCGUUUCAUUGCACCAAUCUUCGAAGAAUAUGCCAAGAAGUUCCUCAACGUUGUUUUCUUCAAGGUCGAUGUUGACAAAUUGAGUGAUGUUGCUAAGGCAUUUGAAGUCGAGGCAAUGCCGACGUUUAUCUUCAUGAGGGAAGAAGCGAUCCUGGAUAAGAUUGUUGGUGCUGCGAAAGAUGAAAUCCAUGCCAAGCUCGAAAAGCACAGUCAAGCUGUUGCUGCAGCUUGAUUUAAGCAUAUCCACCCUAUGUGUGUGCUGCUUUUCUCUCUGUCUAUCUAUUUGCUAAUAUGUUUGGUGUUUAAUAAGAAUCCUUUGUUGCCUUAUUGAAAACUUUUACUUUGAGUCAUCUUUUUAAAGACAUGUGACCUUUUAGGGGUCUCUUUAUGUGGUGGCUUGAAAGUCUUUGGGUGUGAAUAAAUGUUGCAAACUUUACAAGUUCGCAGCUAUGCUAAUUUUAAAUGUUAGUGUUUUUUUCGUACU